CACUCCUAGACUUCGCAGAGGUGAACAAUGCCAGUAAUGCUUACAAACCUCUCCGGCCAUCACAGAUUCUGCAAUCAGAAAAAUUCGUGUCGCGCAUUAUAGAGGUAUUGAAAGAAGAGUAUGUUAACUCUUUCGAUGUCAAUAUUCCGAAAGAAAAGCUUGUUAAUUUGAGUUCUGCCGUUGCUCUGCCAGACCAAAUAGCUUCCGAAAUACUUUCAAAGAGAAUUGUUGGUAAAGAAGAAAGUCAGAAGUUUCGUUUAGAGCGCAUUGAGUCUAGUGAGGUCAAAUUUCACGAUCUGAUAAAAAGACGAAAGUUGCAAAUGUUCAGCAAUUCAAGUAAGAAAGUUACAAUUGAGGAAAACAAGAAAGUGAAAUCUGUUGAAGUUAAUCGGAAUAUCUUGGGAACAUUACUUUCAUUUUCAGAAAAGAGUGGGCAAGCUAUUGAUCUUAAAAAAGCACUUGAAUACCCUUUGUGCCCUGUUCCGCUAAGCUUGGCUAACCCCGACGGAUCCAGAAGAGUAACGACGAAAAGCAAGUUAACCGAAAUUAUAAUCAAGAAUGUGAAAAGCCCUGUAUUACACCCAAGGGAAAGUCAACCCCGGAAAGAAACCGUGUCUGCGUUUAUUGUCGACAUGAUGGCAAGUGUUAGGAGCAUAACGCAAGUACCAGAAACGUAUGAAGAUCUCACGUGGAAGUUUUUGCAGCAGCUGCCGUCUGGAUACAGUCGGAUUGACAUUGUCGCAGAAACAUACCAAGAAGUUUCACUUAAGUCAGCAGAAAGAAACGCACGUGGGAUUUCAAGCAAAGUGAUGAUUCCUUCAGACAAAUCGAAAGUGCCUCGAAAUUUUAGCGAUGUUUUAAGAAAUGACGACAACAAGCGGCGAUUGAUAUAUUUAAUGCAGGAAACCAUCAUUGCAAACAAGGCAAAGGCUUUGGACUUGCUACGCUGCCAGGAAAUCUACUUCUCAACCUAUCAAGAUUGCCGCAAAAUUACACCUGUUUCAUGCAAAAUAGAAGCUGAGUUAAUUAGCAAUCAAGAAGAAGCUGAUACCAAGGUCGUACUACACUGCUAUCACGCAUUGACUCGUCAUCCCUUAAAAAAGAUCUUGGUAAGAUCACCUUCAGGUGAUACCGAUAUUCUUGUCAUCUUGUUAAACAAGUUGCUUGAGCAUCAAGACCGUGUAUAUCUCGACUAUGGAAAUGGAAACAUCGCAAAGGACUUUGGCUGGCCGAUAUCGAUUUACCUGAGGAGAUCAAGAAGUGCAUGUUGGGUUUUCAUGCCUUCACCGGGAAUGACUAUAUAUCGUCAUUUUUUCGAAAAGGGAAAAUGGCUUGCUGGAAAAUUGUUGAAAAGUAUCCCAGGUUCGUUAGUAUCUUUACGUCACUUGGUUUAUCUUGGGAAUUGGAAGAACAAUUAGCUGAUGCUCUUGAACAAUACGCGUUUGUCUACUAUACGGCAGCCGAAAGAAGAGAGUAAACGGCGUGCGAAGCGAAAUCUUCGAACGUAAACACGUUAACCAAAGAAAGGUUAUCGAUAUAUCGCAUCUUCCACCUUGCAGGUCAACAUUACUCUUACAUUCGAAAAGAGCAAACGUAAUAGCGAAAAUAUGGAAUUCGUGGCACGACCCAAUGCUAGAAGAACCAGAUUUCACACACAAUGGUUGGAAUAGUUUAUUUGAGAUAUGCUGGAUGGAUGAAGCUUUUCCAAGGGAUAUGAACAGUAUUCUUCUUGAACCAUUAUUCGAUGCUGAUAAUGAUAUUGACUGUGGGCUGGACGAGGAGAGUGAUGAUGAGGAUUGA